GAGUUCUUAUACGUCGAGACGACGUUGCUAGGUCCUUUCUUGCUUAUUCCGUCGUCGUUAGCAGAUCUUAGAUUCUGAAUCUGUGUCCGUCUCCGUUAAUUCUUUUCCGACGCUUACUUCUUGAAAUUCCACAACCACUGCAAAAAGUUCUUCGCAAAUCUUAGAUCGGAAAAAAUGGUGCUGGUUUCGGCCGCGCGCGAUUACGUCAAUCGGAUGCUUCAGGACAUCUCCGGCAUGAAAGUUCUCAUUCUCGAUUCUCAUACCGUCAGUACAGUGAGUGUUGUGUAUUCACAGUCAGAGCUUCUUCAGAAAGAGGUCUUCUUGGUAGAAUUAAUAGAAUCGACUUCAUUAUCGAGGGAGUCGAUGUCCCAUCUCAAAGCUGUUUACUUCCUUCAACCCACCUCAGAGAACAUCCAGCAUCUGCGGCGUCAGUUGGCUAGCCCUAGAUUUGGAGAGUACCACCUAUUUUUCUCCAACAUAUUGAAGGAUACUCAAAUUCAUAUCUUGGCUGAUUCAGAUGAACUAGAAGUUGUCCAGCAAGUUCAGGAGUUCUAUGCUGAUUUUGUUGCUGUUGAUCCUUACCAUUUCACUCUGAAUAUUCCGUCAAAUCACACCUAUAUGCUCCCAGCAGUUGUAGAUCCUGGAAAUUUGCAGCAUUUCUGUGACCGAGUUGUUGAUGGUAUUGCAGCUGUUUUUCUGGCAAUGAAACGAAGACCUAUUAUUCGAUAUCAAAGGACAUCUGAUGUUGCCAAGCGAAUUGCACAGGAAACAUCCAAGCUAAUGUACCAGCAGGAAAGUGGUCUUUUUGAUUUCAGAAGGACAGAAAUUUCUCCAUUGUUACUGGUUCUUGAUAGGAGCGAUGACCCUGUAACUCCAUUGCUGAAUCAGUGGACUUAUCAGGCCAUGGUUCAUGAAUUGAUUGGCAUUCAAGAUAAUAAAGUGGACUUAAGAAGCUUGGGGAAAUUUCCGAAAGAUCAAGAGGAGGUUGUGCUCUCAUCAGAACAAGAUUCAUUUUUCAAGUCUAACAUGUAUGAGAACUUUGGAGAUAUUGGAAUGAACAUCAAACGGUUGGUGGAUGAAUUUCAACAAGCUGCAAAAAGCAACCAGAACAUCCAGACAAUAGAGGACAUGGCAAAAUUUGUUGACAACUACCCUGAGUACAGGAAAAUGCAUGGCAAUAUUUCAAAGCAUGUGACAUUGGUCACAGAAAUGAGUAAAAUAGUUGAAGAGAGAAAACUCAUGUUAGUUUCACAAACGGAACAGGAAUUGGCUUGUAAUGGGGGACAAGUGGCAGCUUUUGAGGCAGUGACAAAUCUUUUGAACAAUGAAAAUAUAUCUGAUAUCGAUCGCUUGCGCCUUGUGAUGCUGUAUGCAUUGCGCUAUGAGAAGGAGAGUCCUGUUCAACUGAUGCAGCUUUUCAAUAAAUUGGCUUCUCGGUCUCCCAAGUACAAACCCGGGCUUGUCCAGUUCCUCUUGAAGCAAGCAGGUGUUGAUAAACGAACUGGGGAUCUUUAUGGAAAUCGUGAUUUUCUGAAUAUUGCUCGUAAUAUGGCUCGUGGACUCAAGGGGGUUGAGAAUGUCUACACACAACACCAACCUCUCCUAUUUCAAACAAUGGAAAGCAUUACUAAAGGACGGCUGAGAGAUGUGGAUUAUCCAUGUAUUGGAAAUCAUUUUCAACAGGGCAGCAGGCCGCAGGAAGUGGUCAUUUUCAUUGUUGGUGGGACAACAUACGAGGAAUCUCGUUGUGUUGCUUUACAAAAUGCCACCAAUUCUGGAACUCGUUUUGUACUUGGCGGUUCUGUGGUUCUCAAUUCCAAGAGGUUUCUGAAGGACUUGGAAGAAGCUCAGAGGAUAGCUCGUUCAAGCACCUCGGUUGUUUGAAGAAAAAUUAUGAUGUAGAUAAGAGAUGAAGAUUCAUUCAUACACGGUUUGGGAAAGCAGCACACCCGUAUUUGCAGUGUAAGUUGAUGAGGGGUUUUAUCAAUUGCAUUGUUCUUGCACACAUACACAUGUUGUAUUGGUUACUAUUUCGCAGAGUAAGAAGUGAAAUGCAAUCAAAAGAGUUUUAAUCCCCUAUAUCAAAUAUAGCUGCACCCGCAGCCUCCAAUAGAAACCGAAGACAAGAACUAGUCAAAUUGUCACAUCUUUUUACGGGUUCACUAACCACACAAGGUACAUUAACUAGUUGAUGAGGUUUUUUGCUGGUUUUGGUUGAAAGAAAUGUAAUUUCGAUAUGUAAAGUAAAUUUUUCUUUCUUUCUUUCUUUACUUUCCCCCCCCCCCUUUUGGUAUGUCAUAUCAAAUGUAUUUGGAGUGCGCAUACAACAAGAUAUCCUGUGAGAGUUGUAUUUUCGUGUACCUAUGAUUUCUCUAUUAACUCACAGUGGUUCAUAAUAUGGUGGCAACA